AUGCAAAGUAGACUUCUCCAAGGGACUUUCCUGUCUCGUACAACCAUCCAUAGAACCUUUCCUCCAGUAAAAGUCAUUUCUAGCUAUUUCCGACCAUCACUUUAUCCUAAAUAUCCUCGAUUUUCAACAAGGCAUCAGUCACAAAAUCAUACAACACAAAAAAAUCACAAAUUGUGGAAUCGUUGUCUGAAACUUGCCGGGAAGCAGGCAGAGAAGUUUAAAAACAAACCAUUUUCUUAUGUGAUUGCAUUUUUAUUCCUUCAUGAAAUAACUGCUAUUUUACCUCUUCCAGUGUUUUUCUUAUUGUUUCACUCCCUUGAUUGGAUACCUCCUGGUUUGCCUGUCGAGUAUUUAGAUAAAGGAUCUGGCGUCGCAUCCAGAAUUUUCGAAAAAAUGGGAUACAAUCUACCCAUCGAGCAAGUUUCUAAAGUCUUAAUUGAUGGUGCUGCUGCUUAUGCCUGUGUAAAGGUAUGUGUCGUCGCUUAG